AACAAAAGCAAGACAAUUAAAACAGACAAAACAGGGUAGAGGUGGCGAAAUAAGGCCAUGUCUUUAUCUUUACCCCCCAACCCUGGAGCCAAUCUUGCACUUAAAAGCAAAAAUCUACUGGGUUAAUUAACUUUUCUUCCUUUCCUGGUGCUUAAGGAUUUGCGGAUCUCAGUCCACCGCUACUGUUUCAUUUGGUGAAUUCCAAGUCAAAAGCACAGAAGACCCAUUGUGUGUAUGCACGCACACAGACACAAGCGUGCACACAGACACACCCACCCACAGACACACACAGACACACACAAAGAUGUUCAGAAAGAGCAGGGUCAAAAUGAAGCAGAUUCCAAGCAAGGCUUCGAAGGCGGUGAGGGGGCUGCAAACCAAGCCCCCAUCCUUUAACCAAGAUCAGUUGGAGGAGAGAUGAGUGGGCAGUCUUCUGAUAUCUGCAGGGUGCCACGCAGAGGAGGAAGUGGACUGGAACGGUGGCUUAAAUUCUAAGGAUGGAGGUUCAGGCUAGGCAUCCAAAAGGAUGUCCUGUCUGUAGGAGUUGGGGGCCCAUGGAACAGGCUGCCCCAUGACAGGGGGCACUCUCCUUCCUGGGCGUCUUCCCCCAGAGCCCGGAUGGGCAUCAUCUGUCAGAGGUGCUGUGAUGCAGUGUUUCUCAACCUUUUUUUUUUUGCCCCUGGCCCCCUUCCAACCUUGUUUUUCUCCUGUGCCGCCCCCCCCCCCCCCACGUCCAGGUCCCAUUAUCUCUCCUGUGGCCCCCCGUCCGGGUCCCAUUACCAGAUAUGGACGUGGGACAGUAGUGGGUGCGUUUUCUGCCGUCAACAACAGUAUUGGAGAUGUGGGAAGGACGGCGUGUGGAGGAACUGCCGACUCCAGCCUUCACGGUGGAUCUGGACGUGGCGAAGAGGAAUGCGCAGCGCAUGCGGGAGCGUUGCCAAGCCCUGGGGGUGGCCCUGAGGCCCCAUAUGAAGACCCACAAGACGCUGGAAGGCGGGCGCCUCAUGACGGGGGGCACCCAGCGGAGGAUCGUGGUCUCGACGCUGGCCGAGGCCCGCUUCUUUGCCAACGGCGGCUUCGACGACAUUCUGUACGCGUACCCGCUGCCCUUUGACAAGGUGGAGGACUGUGCCGCCUUGGCCGAAAAGCUGAACGCGUUUCAGGUGAUGGUGGACGGCCCCCAGGCCCUGGACCGGCUGAAAGAGAGGCCUCUGCGAACAGGAAGGGCCUGGAAAGUGUGGCUGAAGAUCGAUUGCGAAAAUGGACGAGCCGGCCUGAAACCCUCUGACCCCGCGGCCCUCCAGCUGGCCAAGGCGAUUGCAGAGGGCGCGACGGAGCUGGCGGGCAUCUAUGCCCACUGCGGCAACUCGUACGGUUGCCAUGGGGUAUCUGAAAUCCAGUCCGUUGCCCGGGCCACCACUGCGAGGACCCUGGAGUUCAUGGAGAAGCUGCAGGGAGCCGGGCUGCCCUGCCCGGUGGCCGGCAUCGGCUCCACGCCCUCUUGCAGCCACCCGGUGCCCGAGAUGGGCAAACUCGGCGAACUUCAUCCCGGGAACUACAUCUUUUAUGAUGUCCAGCAGAUGAUGAUCGGAUCCUGCCAGCUGGGGGAUGUGGCCGUCCGGGUCCUGACACGCGUGAUCGGCCACUAUCCGCACCGCAACCAGUUGCUGGUCGACUGCGGGUGGACCGGCUUGAGUCUCCACAGCCUGGGCCAGCUCCCAACAGGCUACGCCCUGGUGGAAGGCCAUCCGGACCUCAAAUUGGUGGGGAUGACUCAGGAGCACGGAAAAAUCGAACCCAUCACCGGGAAGCUGGAUUUUCCCAAGUUCCCUCUGGGCAGCCUGCUGGCGCUGGUUCCUUAUCACGCGUGCGCCACGGCCGCUAUGCACCCUCUCUUCUUCAUCCACAGCGGGGGCCGUGUGGUGGAGACGUGGAAGCCGGUCCGAGGCUGGUAAAAAGACACGAUAAAGAAGACCUGCAGGAGGACCCCUUGCUCUUUUGCCUCCGUAGAUGUUCUCCUGAUGCUCAAUCGAUGCCCACAAUCGUUCCCACCCCAGACCUUUCACCCUCCUGCAGAUGGCGCAGGAAUGCCUGUAGCUGGCAGGGCUGAGCUUAGCAAGGUCUGAACUGGGGACGUAGCCGCACAAUGUGUGUAAAAUCCACUCUGUUGCUAUUCUGUGUCGGGCUGGGAGACCACGGGCGGCUGAACAGUCCUUGGAGAGCCAGUUCACGCCAAGCCAUAAAUGGCUGCUUAUAAAGACUUGCCAAGCCUCAGUCUGCAAAAAAAUUCUAUUUGGGAAAAGAGAGAUCCAUCUGCCAGUACGGAUUGCAUCCGGUUUACUGAAAUGUGUGUAAAGUCAUAGAGGAAGGAGGCCCCCUCUUUGGACGAAGUGGAGGAUUAGGGUUAGGGGAGUCCACCACGUGCGAUGAAUGCUGGCUAGACGGGCUUCUGCCUGAUCCAGCGUGGUCUCAAAUCCAGUUUAAAUCCUUUGCAUUUUCCAAAACUGUCACGCCAGCCUUUGUUUCACGUUGUGGACUGCCAGAUGCAUUGAGACACCCCGCAGGUUGGAAACUGAGGCAGCCCUCCUAGGCAAAAAACUGCAAGGGGGGGUCCCAAAAAAGGGGGCGGAGCUUCAGUCAUGAUGCCACGCCAGCCCUCUUGCAGAUUGGACACCCCCCUGAGGACGCCCCUCUCUUUCAUUGUCACUCCUGUGACCCCAAUAUUCAGGCUGCCCCCCCACCUCAAGGCAGCCCCUAAGCAUUGAGGCACAGAGGGGAGAUCGGGCUGCCGGGAACUGGCCCGGCCCCCGCUGGCAGCCAUUUCGCCUGGCAGCCGAGCCCACGUCUUGUGGCAGCGGGUUCCACAGGUAAUUGCUCAAAUGGUUGAGAAAAACCUCCUCUCGUCAGCUGGAAAUCUACGGAUUUCAACAUCUUCCACCGAUUGGGUGGCUUCUGAUUCUAAUGUUAUAGGAGGAGAAAAAUCUUUUCCCUAGACAGGGGGGUCAGAAAAGUCAAGAUGGUGACCCCAACCCUGCAUCUAAACCCCAGCCUGCUUUUUAUAGUAUAUGCAUCUUGACUUUUUUGACCUCGUCUCUCUGGACCCCCCGCUAUUCACCCUUUCUUUACAUGCACGGCUUCAUAAACCUUACUCGCAUCUCUUCGUGAGCAUCGUUUCCUUGUCCUCAAAGGCACUCGGGCCCCCGAUCAUCUUGGGGGCCCUUUUCUUAAUGUUCUCUGGCUCCACAAAGUCCCACCUGAGACGUGGGGGUCAAACCGGAUGCAGAAUUCAAGAGGAGCAACAUCACAAACAUCAUCUUGCGGUGGGUUUCUUCCUGGGCCCCUGAUUGAAGUUAAAAAAAAAAAAUGGGGUAGUCAAUCUGAUUGAAGCAAACACUGCUGAAAGUUUUUUUCUUUCUUUUUUAAUAUGGUAGUAGUGGGUUUCUAGUUGCAAAUUUCUAGAAAAUAAAAAUAACCUCCUGGUAUCCUGUUUCAGAGGGGAGCAUGCAGACCAGGUCCUAAAAGGUUUCAAGCUAUAUUUGAACUGUUUUAUUCUUUAAUUUUGCUUUAGCUCACGCUUGCAUUUCCAUUCAUGCUGUUUAAAGAAAACCUCACGAAUAAAGCUUCGAUUUGGAUUC